AUGGCCAUUCAACUGCCUGCCUUGAUCGUCUCCGUCGAGCACCGCCUCGCUCUCGAAAGCGCCUCCCAGAGGCUUAUGAUGAUGCAAUCGAAGCGUUGCACUGGGUUAGGAAACACGCCUCGCAGAGCAUCGUCAAUGGCGAAGAGGACUGCAGCUCAGGCGCCAGCAUUGCCUUCCAUGUUUUCGGAUGCUGCCGAUGAGCCCCUGAAGAUCGUCGGUCUUAUCAUGCACCACCCUUUCUUUGGUGGGUUGCAGAGAACAGAAUCGGAGAUGAGAUUGUUCAACAAUCCGAGAUUUCCCAUGUCAGUUAGCGACUUGAUCUGGGACCUGGCGUUGCCUGUAGGUUCUGAUCGUGAUCAUGGUUACUGCAACCCACUGAAACUUGGUGAGAGCUGCCAUGGAAUUGGGUUGCUAGGGAGGUGUCUGGUGACUACCUGCGGUGGGGAUCCCCUGAUCGACCGUCAGACGGAGUUCGUGAAGAUGCUGGACGGAGAGGGUGUAAACGUUUUGGCUCAGUUCGACGAGGAAGGUUACCAUCUGGUGGAGCUCUAUGAACCAGACAAGGCUCAGGCCCUACUUGUGAUAAUAAAAGAUUUCAUUUUUCAGUUGCUGGCUCAAUCGAAAGAGGGCAGUUGA